AUGGAUGGUCGCAAUGUUUUUGUGUUUAUAAGCAUGAUAUUCCUUCUGAUCUCUGCAAUCAACGGUUCAGAUUCAAGGAAGCUCGAUGAAACCGGUGUCCCGGGGCCCACUGGCGAGAAGUGUGAACCAUGUGGCCAAACCUCUCCUCCUCCUCCUCCACCAGUACCGUCACCACCACCACCGUCUCCACCUCCACCGUCAUCCCUGUGUCCUCCGCCACCGUCGCAGCAUCCUCCGUCUCCCAAGAAGCCGCCAUCGGGAUACUACCCUCCGCCGCCGCCGUCUUAUAUUUACAUCACCGGUCCACCAGGAAAUUUGUACCCAAUUGACAAUGAUUUCGGCGGCGUCGACAGGAAUUUGAAGGUGGGUCUGUCAGUUUUCAUUGGAUGGGGAUUAUUGGGACUUUUGGGUUUCUCUUGA